AUGGAGGAGGGAAUGAACGUUCUCCACGACUUUGGGAUCCAGUCGACCCGCUACCUCCAAGUGAAUUACAAAGACUCCCAGGACUGGUUCAUAUUAGUGUCUGUGAUCGCUGACCUCAGGAAUGCCUUCUAUGUCCUCUUCCCUAUCUGGUUCCAUCUUCGAGAGACUGUGGGCAUCAAGCUCCUUUGGGUGGCAGUGGUGGGGGACUGGAUCAACCUCGUCUUUAAAUGGAUCCUUUUUGGACAGCGCCCGUACUGGUGGGUCCUGGACACAGACUACUACAGCAACACCUCAGUGCCACUGAUAAAACAGUUCCCUGUCACCUGUGAGACUGGACCAGGGAGUCCUUCUGGUCAUGCUAUGGGCGCAGCAGGUGUAUACUACGUGAUGGUCACUUCAACCCUUGCUAUCUUUCGUGGAAAGAAAAGGCCAACAUAUGGAUUCCGGUGUUUGAACAUCAUCCUGUGGUUAGGAUACUGGGCUGUGCAGCUGAACGUCUGUCUGUCUCGGAUUUACCUCGCAGCUCACUUUCCCCACCAGGUUGUGGCUGGAGUCUUGUCAGGCAUUGCUGUGGCUGAAACUUUCAGCCACAUCCGGGGCAUCUACAAUGCCAGCCUCAAGAAAUAUUGUCUCAUCACCUUCUUCCUCUUUGGCUUCGCACUCGGAUUUUACCUGCUGUUGAAAGGCCUGGGGGUAGACCUUCUGUGGACCUUGGAGAAAGCCAAGAGAUGGUGCGAGCGGCCGGAAUGGGUCCACCUCGACACCACGCCCUUUGCCAGCCUCUUCAAAAACCUGGGCACCCUCUUUGGGUUGGGGCUGGCCCUCAACUCCAGCAUGUACCGGGAGAGCUGCAAGGGAAAACUCGGCAAGUUGCUCCCCUUCCGCCUUGCCUGCAUUGCGGCCUCCUUAGUCCUCCUGCACCUCUUUGACACUUUGAGACCCCCAUCCCAGACUGAGCUGCUCUUCUACGCUUUGUCUUUCUGCAAGAGUGCGACGGUUCCCUUUGCCUCUGCCAGUCUCAUCCCUUACUGUCUAGCCCGGGUUCUGGGCCAGACGCACAGGAAGUCUUUGUAA